GAAAUGCUCUGGAAUUUUGAGGAAAUCACCGAUUCUGGUGAAAAUUCUCUAGGCACUUCCUCUUCUGUUGAAACUGACCCGUUGUCGUCAAUGCUAGCUUCUAUAGUACGCCAAUCGCCUGUUGGGGGAAUUGAAAUUCGUGGUGGUGGGGGUGGACAUAUUAGAGGCUUAGAUUUUGACAUUACCGCAGUCGAUCGUUCGCUUAUACCUCAUCCAAAUGACCAGCACCAACUUAUGGAACAUCAACACAACUUUUUGUCAGGAAAUCCUGCUUCUAUGGUUCAGCGGAUGGUUAAAUGUUCCCUCUGUCAAAUGUUAUAUAAAGAACCAAAAGUUUUGGCAUGUUUUCAUUCUUUUUGUAAAAAUUGUUUGGAACGUCAAAUAAAAAUUAAACAAGAAAUAUCAACACCAAACAAACCACAAUCAAUUAUUUGUCAAAUUUGUUGUCAAGAAACCCAAUUAAAUCCACAAUUAGGCAUUGAAGGUUUACUUUCUGAUUAUGGACUAGAAAAUGCUGUGCAGUCUUUGGGGACUUCUCCUUAUAGCGAGCAAAGCGAGGACCUCGGUUUUGGCAGUUUAAAAUCAAACAAUGGUUGGCCUGCUUUGGAAGUUUUUGAAGGAAGUCAUCCUCCAAAUGAUAUUUUGUUGCCAAGCUUUGAUAGUGGAGGAGGGGGUGACUCUCCUCAACAACAACAAUUGACAAAACUUAACAAAAAUGGAAGGAUUGGAGGAAAUGUUUGUAUGUGUUUAGAGCAUCGUCAACAACCCUUAAUUCUCUUUUGUCAAUUCUGUCAACAAGCAAUUUGUCGUGAAUGUAUUCAAGAACACCAAGGAUGUGAAGUUGAACAAAUUGAUAAUGUUGCGGAUAAACAAAUUGGAAUGAUGGAGCGUUUAUUAAACGAGGCUCGUAUAAAACAAAAUGGAUUGAAUGAAAUGUUUCAAUUAAUAAAUCAAGACCAAAACAAUUUAAAUACAUCUUUUCAACAUGCAAAACAAACUAUAGACGAUACUUUCUCUUUUCUUGUACAAACAGUUCAUGAAGCACAAAAAGGAUUGUAUACAGAAUUGGAAGGAAUUUAUGGAUAUAAACAGUUACAAUUAAAAAUGCUUGAAAAAGAAAUGGAAAAAGUCACAAAAUCAAUGUCGCAAACAAUUGAAUUUACACAACGUUUAAUUAAAUAUGCUUCCCCUACCGAGGUAAUUGUCUUCAAACCCCUCUUGGACUCUCGCCUUCAAGGCUUUUUAUCAUUCAAUGCGGAUGCCAAUCAGCUCUUACGUAGUGAAACGUGUGAAAUUCGUUUAGGAGUGCCAGAUUUACAACAAGCUAAACAGGCUAUAAUUACACCUUUUAAUCAAUUGAGGGCUGGAGGGGCUUGGAUUAAUCAACAAAAUAACCAAAAUUUGAUCAAUUCCCCACCUCUCAAUCGUUAUCAAUCGCCGAGAGGGUUUUCUGAUGGAUUCGGAAAUCCUUCAAUUUCUCUGGGAGGAGCUGGAACACCAACAGGUCAACAUCAUAGAGGUUCUAUUCAAAUUAGAAAUAAUGGAGGAGGAGGGCAUUGUUUUGAUUCUUCCGAUUUGUUUGGGACGCCUACAGGAAAUAGAGGUGGAGGAGGGGGUAUAUUGGCUACAUCAGCACCUACUGGAACUAAUGGAUUUGGGGGACAACAUGAUAAUAAGUGGUUGCCAAAUGACAUUUUGGCACUUUCUCAAGAUUUGAACGAUUUGAGCGUUUUUGGAGUUGAUGGAGGAGGAAAUUUAAAUUCUUUACAAAAAGGAGGAGGAGAUAUGGACCUUUCUGUCCCAAUUUUAUAUCCUCCACGUUCCCAAAUUAAACGACAGAAGAUGACAUAUAAUUGUAAAUUUGGAGAAUUUGGGGUUAUGGAAGGACAAUUUACUGAACCUAGCGGUGUUGCUGUUAAUGCACAAUUGGAUAUUAUUGUUGCUGAUACAAACAAUCAUCGAAUUCAAGUCUUUGAUCGUGAAGGACGUUUCAAAUUUCAGUUUGGGGAAUGUGGAAAGCGUGACGGCCAAUUGCUCUAUCCAAACCGUGUUUCAGUUAAUUGUGUUACCGGCGAUUUUGUAGUUACUGAACGUUCACCUACUCAUCAAAUCCAAAUAUACAAUCAAUAUGGCCAAUUUAUUCGUAAAUUUGGAGCACAAAUUUUGCAACAUCCUCGAGGUGUUUGUGUAGACUCCAAAGGACGUAUUGUCGUUGUUGAAUGUAAAGUUAUGCGUGUUUUAAUUUUUGACAUGUUUGGGAAUAUACUUCAUAAAUUUAGUUGUUCACGUUAUUUGGAAUUUCCUAAUGGUGUUUGUACAACUGAAAAAGAAGAAAUUUUGAUUAGUGACAACCGAGCACAUUCUAUUAAAGUAUUUAAUUAUGAAGGACAAUUUGUUCGACAAAUUGGUGGCGAGGGUAUUACAAAUUAUCCUAUUGGUGUUGGAAUAAAUUCAAAAGGAGAAAUUGUUGUAGCUGAUAAUCACAACAAUUUUAAUUUGACUAUAUUUUCACAGGAUGGAACUUUAAUUGGUGCUUGUGAAUCAAAAGUUAAACAUGCACAGUGUUAUGAUGUUGCUCUUCUUGAAGAUUCUGUUGUUUUGGCUAGCAAAGAUUAUCGUCUCUACAUGUACAAAUAUCAACAAAUUUGA